AUGUCCAUCAACUCUGAAGCCUGCAUCCCCUGCAAAGACCUUCCUCCCAAGCUUCAGAAUGGGGCUCUCAACGCCAGUCCUCCAGAAGCUGAACGGCAUUUCCUCAUGGUUAAAAAUGACCAGUACUGCCUCAUCCAGACCAUUCAGAAUUACGAAAUGCAGCAAACCGGAAAGCCGCAGGCACAGAUCCGGAGCCGACACUCCACUCGUCGAGCAGAUGUCCAGCCAAAGAGAGCAGACCCUGGCCGGGACCCCACCCCAGGGUUUCCCCUCAGAACAAGCCGCAGCUGCACACGCUCACACUUCUUCCCGAGCGUGCUUUCCACCAUAGCCUGCUCCUUCUCCACGGUGAACACCCCUGGGCUGCUGCGGGGCUUGCUCGCCUCCAGCCAGUCCAUCUGCUUCGCAGGCUGCAUGGUCCAGAUGGCCCUCAUGGCACUCCAUGGCACCGCCGAGUGUCUGAUCCUGGCCGUCAUGGCCUACCACCGAUUCGCCGCUGUCUGCCACGCUCUCCUCUACCGCAGCCUCAUGUCCCCACGUCUCUGUGUCCAGCUGGUGGCGGCCACCUACAUGGCUUCUGUUGCCAGUUCAGCUUUGCUGACCAAGACCGUCUUCAGGGUGCCCCACUGUGGCCAAAUCAUUAACCACUAUUUCUGUGACAUCCCCCCGGUGCUCCAGCUUGCCUACAGAGAUGCAGCCCAGGCUGAGGCCGUCAUCUUCCCAUCUGCUGCCCUGGUUAUCCUCCUUACCAUCGCCGUUACCCUGGUCUCCUAUGCCUACAUCCUGGUGACCGUCUGCACAAUGCGUUCCCUCAAAGCUCAGAGCAAAGCCCUCUCCACGUGCGCCUCCCACCUCGCCCUCCUCUGCCUCCUCCACGGCACCAUCACCUCUAUGUACACCCAGCCAAGCUCUCGCAGCUCCUCGGAGCAGAACGAGGUGGUGUCUGUCUUCCACAUGGUGACCAUCCCCUCGCUGAACCCUCUGAUCUACAGCCUGAGGAAUACAGACGUGAGGGCUGCUCUAAAGAAGAGAUGCCUCGGCCUGCCGCCUUCCUAA